UCCGACUAGACACUCCCACAAAACUGUAUAUAUAAAAUAACCUAACCACCUUUAUCAAAAGAGCAGUUCAUCAAAAGAACUUCUUGGUCUCAUUAACAGGAUUCUUCUGCUUUCCAGUGUGAAAAUGGUGAAUUAUGAAGUGACCGUAUCCACUGCCAAUCUCGCCUAUGCCGGCACUUUAAACAACGUCUUCAUUAAGCUGGUGGGCACAGACGGGGAGAGCAAUCGCACGUGGCUCAUGAGCCUCAAAGGGCCUUUAGCCCUCUACAGAGGAGCAGUGUCUAGUUUUACCGUGUCCUGCCCUGUCUCCAUUGGAAAGCUGGUCUGGAUAGAGCUAGACAAACAGCGUUUCCCACAGUUCUUUGAAGACUCUUGGUUUCCGGCCAAAGUGGUAGUGAAAUCCCCUGAAGGAGACACCUACAAGUUUCCCAUUUACCGCUGGAUCAAUGACUGUGAGGUGCACCGCUUCAGAGAGGGAAAAGCUCUGAGAGCCUUUGAAGACAAGAAUGAACUUGACAGGAACAGUCGGCUGCAGGAGCUGAUCCAGCGAAGGGAAUACUAUAGCUGGCAUGUGCAUGAAAAGGGGAUACCCCACAGCAUGAAGGCUGAAAGCCUUUCUUCUCUGCCUUGUGAGGUCCAGUUCUCCUUCACCAAGAAGACAGAGUUUCUCUACACAGCAUCCACUGGGCUGGUUGAGCUGAAACUGAAGGGAUUUGCUGGUUCCAAGGAGGACUGGCCUGAUAUUAAUGCUGACGAUCAUGUGUUCUGGUUCAAACGGAGUGACAUAUUAGACUAUAUCAAGAAACAUUGGAAGGAGGACGCCUUUUUUGGCUACCAGUUUCUAAAUGGUGUCAACCCCAUGUUGAUCCGACGUUGUUCAGCUCUGCCUGAGAACUUUCCUGUCGCUGACAAGAUGGUCUCCCUCUGUGGUCAGUGGUGCUUGGCAAGUGAAAUGAAGAAAGGCAACAUAUUCCUGUGUGACUACAAGAGUUUGGAUGGACUGAAACCAAACACCAUCGAUGGGAAGAAGCAGUACUUGAUGGCUCCCCUGGUCCUGCUCCACAAAACACCUGACGAUAAGCUGAUGCCGAUUGCUAUUCAGCUGAAACAGAUUCCAGCAGCUGAUAACCCCAUCUUCUAUCCUACUGAUUCUGAGUACGACUGGUUGACGGCCAAGACUUUUGUGAGAAGUGCAGAUUUCAACGAGCAUCAACUCAAUGUUCACCUGCUGCGCACUCAUCUGCUGGCUGAAGUCUUUGCAGUGUCACUGCUGCGCAACGUGCCGAUGGUGCAUCCCCUGUACAAGCUCCUCGUACCUCACACUCGCUACACGCUGCAUAUCAACUACUUGGCUCGAGAUCGUCUAAUAUCUGAGACUGGAGUUUUCACACAGUUUGCAGCUUCUGGUGGAGAGGGUAUGAUGACACUCCUGAAGAGCUCACUGGCCUCACUGACCUACAGCUCCCUCUGCAUACCAGUGGACAUUGCUGAGCGAGGGCUGGAGGCUGUGCCAAACUUCUACUACAGGGAUGAUGGACUCAAGCUCUGGGAUAUCAUCCACAGGUUUGUGCAGGGAGUGCUCGGCUUCUACUACAAGAAGGACGCUGAGGUCAAGGAAGACUCUGUACUGCAGACGUGGAUUUCAGACAUUUUUGAACAUGGAUUCCUUUCCCUAGCACGCACAGGAAUUCCUCAGAGCUUCACCACCGUGGCUGAGUUGGUCAAGUUUGUCACCAUGGUGAUCUUCACGUGCACAGGACAGCACUCGGCUGUGAACACCGGACAGUAUGACUAUGGUGGCUGGAUGCCCAACACUCCCACCACCCUGCGACUUCCUCCACCAACCACAAAGGGGAAAACAAGUGAGGCCACGAUGCAGCAGACAUUGCCUAACAUCGGCACAACAGUGAACGGAAUGGCUGCCAUGUGGCUACUUAGCCAGCCAUCCUCUGACUUUGUCCCUCUUGGCCAAUACCUGGAGGACCAUUUCAGUGAGGAGAUUCCCUGCCAGCUGAUAAGGGCUUUUCAAGGAGAGCUUCAAGUGUUAAGUGCACACAUCAAUAUCAGAAACAAGAAUCUGGAGGUCCCAUACAGAUACAUGGAUCCAGCGGAGGUAGAAAAUAGUGUGGCCAUUUGAAUGUCAGAAGGUGUGACCUCCUCAGCUGUUGGCCAAAUUCAGGAUCACAUUAACAAAAGUGGGAAAGAGAAGAACUACAUGUUUCAGCUGAUACUUUAGUGGAAAUAAUCUAAUGCAUGCGAUCGUUGUAUGCUUGUCUGUGAUUUUUAUACAGUCUGACUGAUUUAACUGUGGUGAAAAUGUACUGUUUUAAAUCAUAAUUCACAUCUUAAGUCUUCUUCUUAGUUUGUCAAUGAAUAUAUGGGGCAUCUUAUAAAAAAAAUUACUGUGGGAAAAAUAUUAUUUUGCAUUAUGAUCGUAACACUUUAGAAAUAAACUGUGCCUUAUGACUUAUUGUCAUAAUGAAGUAUAAAUAAUUGUAGGGACCUAUGUUUUGCUAAAUUUACUAUAUGCUGUUUAAUGUAUCUAUACUGUAUGUUAGAAAAAUAGGCAACAACUGAAAGGAAGACGAAACCUCUGAGUGAACUGUGUGUCUGUGAAAAAGUGCUUAUCACACAGAACAUAGUAUGCUUCACUUGUUUUUCUCUCUAUAUAAAAACUGCCAUGCCGUAAUGUAAUAAAGAACUGAUUCGUAACAUCUA